AUGAAUACAAACAAGCAAACAGCUGGCUUAAGGCUUGUUGUUGUUGGUGUUGUAUUGGCUGUGGUGUUGAUGACAACACUCUUCCAUUCAACAUUUGCUAUGGAUAAAUCUAAAUUUGAAAAUUGUGAUCAAAAAGGAUUCUGUAAACGUUUGAGAGGAUCAAAGAAGUCUAGUUACAUUAUUUCAUCACAAAAAGUUGAAAAUGGAGUAUUUACUGCUACUUUGGAAAAUAAGGAAGAAGGUUCAACAUUCGAUCCACUCACACUCGUUAUUGAAUCAUACGAAAAUGGUAUCUUUAGAAUGAAAAUUCAAGAAAAGGUUGAUGCCGGAGUCACUCUCAAGAAUAGAUACAAUGUUAAAGAUGUAAUUGUUGACAGUGUUGCAAAGGUCCCAAUCUCGGAAAGCAAGCAAAAUGUGUUGACAAAUGGAAAUUCUGACUUGGUUCUCGAAAAUAGAGAUGAUGGAUUCAAGAUUACCUUCAAAGUCAAUGGAGAAGAUGUAAUUGUUUUCAAUGAAAAGAAUUUAUUAGUUGUUGAAAAUGUUUUAAGAGAAAAGAAUGAAAAUUAUGAUGGUGAAAGUGCUCUUGGAAUGGACUUUACUUAUGUUGGUUCAACUAAUUUGUAUGGUUUACCAGAAAGAGCUAUGAGACUCUCACUCCCACCAACCAAGGAUGCUGAUAAUAAUAUUCUUACAGAACCAUACAGAUUGUAUAAUUUGGAUAUUUUUGAAUAUGAAUUGAAUAAUCCUAUUGGUCUCUAUGGUGUUAUUCCAUUAUUAUAUGGUAUUACUUCAAAGAGUGCUGCUGGUGUUUUCGUUUUGAAUCCAUCAGAAACCUUUGUGGAUAUUAUUGGCGGAUCUCAAUAUUCUUCUCAUUGGAUUUCUGAAACUGGUGUUUUGGAUGUAUUCUUCCUUCCUGGACCAUCUCCAAAGUCUAUUGCUAAGCAAAUGGCUUAUUUGACUGGUACUGCUCCACUUCCUCAAAGAUUUUCACUUGGACACCACCAAUGUAGAUGGAAUUACAAGGAUGAAGAAGAUGUAAGAAAUGUCAACCAAAAAUUCGAUGAAUAUGACAUUCCUUAUGAUGUUUUGUGGUUGGAUAUUGAACACACUGACGGUAAGAAAUAUUUCACAUGGGACAGCCAUACUUUCCCAACUCCAAAGAGAAUGCAAGAAGAUUUGGCAAGUAAGGGAAGAAAGAUGGUCACCAUUUCUGAUCCUCACAUUAAGCGUGAAAAUGGAUACUUUGUCCACGAUGAAGCAACUAGAAAUGGAUACUAUGUUAAGAAUUCUGAUGGCACUGCCGAUUAUGAAGGUCAUUGUUGGCCUGGAUCCUCUUCAUGGCUUGAUUAUAUCAACCCAGUUGUUAGAGAAUACUAUGCUGAUCUUUACAGCUUCUCCAAGUAUGAAGGAUCAACUGAAAAUCUUUACACAUGGAUCGAUAUGAAUGAACCUAGCGUAUUCUCUGGACCUGAAAUUACUAUGGAUAAGAACGCCUUGCAUCAUGGAGAUCUUAGACAUCGUGAAGUUCACAACAUGUAUGGUUUCUAUCAAUCAGUUGCCACUAAUUUAGGUCAUAUUAAGAGAAGAAAUGGAGAAGAUCGUCCAUUCAUUUUGACAAGAUCCUUGUUUGCUGGAAGUCAAAGAUAUGUUGCUAAGUGGACUGGUGAUAAUAUGGCUGAAUGGAGCCAUUUGGAUAUUGCUCAACCAAUGAUUCUUGCACUCAGUAUCAGUGGUAUGCCUUUUGUUGGUGCUGAUGUUGGUGGUUUCUUUGGAAAUCCAGAAGAAGAAUUAUUGGUUCGUUGGUAUCAAGUUGGUGCUUUCUAUCCUUUCUUUAGAGCUCAUGCCCACAUUGAAACUAAGAGAAGAGAACCAUGGUUGUUCGGUGAUCAUAAUACUCAAUUGAUCAGAAAGGCUAUUGCAAGAAGAUAUACUCUCUUACCACUGUAUUAUACUAUUGCUUUCGAAUCUAUGCUUACUGGUGAACCUUAUGUUCGUCCUUUGUUCAUGGAAUAUCCAAAUGAUGCUACUACCUUUAAUGUUGAUGAUUCCUUCCUCGUUGGUACUGAUUUGUUGGUUAAGCCUGUUGUUCAAAAGGGUGCUAGCGAUAUUCUCGUCUAUCUCCCAAGAGGUGUCUGGUACGAUUACGAAACUGGUCAAAAAUUCGAUGCUGGUAGAGGAAAGAAUGUUUCAAUUGCUACAUCAUUGGAUUUGAGUAUUCCAGUUUUCCAACGUGGUGGUAGUAUUCUUCCUACUCAACAAAGAUUGAGAAGAUCCUCACAACAAAUGGUUAAGGAUCCAUUCACACUUACUGUUGCUCUUAACAGAAAGGGAGAAGCUUUAGGAACAUUGUACUUGGAUGAUGGUAGUACAUUCAAUUAUAGAAAUGGUGAUUACGUUUAUCGUCAAUUCAGUUUCUCAAAUAAUGAAUUGAAGGCUGUUAAGGGAGAUAUUUCACCUCUCAUUUUGAAUACCAGAUCCAAUACUGUUGAUUCCAAUCAAAACAGAAAGGUUGAUAAUAUUAUUGAAAGAAUUGUAAUUUAUGGAGCUUCCAAGCCAAGUAGUAUCAGUCUUCAAUAUGCCUCUCAUGAUGGUGUUGAUUUGUUGAUGUCACCAGAAUUUACCUUUGAAAAUAAUGUUUUGACAAUCAGAAAACCUCAAAUUCCAAUCACUGCUGAUUUUGUAUUGAAACUCAACUAGAUGAUAAAUAAAUCCUAACAUAAAAGUUUAAAAUUAUUCCUAGAA